GAAGGUAACUGACUCAGAUCAUGAGGUGCCAUCAUAUCUGGCAGAGAGGAUGGCCAAUGUGAGGAGGAGAAGACAAGACCGUAGGCCAAUGUGAGUGCAGACUGGGGCUCGGAGCUUGCUAAUGCAGGUUUCCUGGUGCUGGUGCCCCAGCUGCGGAGGAGCCCGGUCCGUGGAAUUUGGUGGCUUGAGCUGUGCUGCACUUGGAAUUGGGCGGUUUGACUUCUCACCGAGGGGUUUUGGUGCUGCCUGUGCUGGGCUGCCAAGGUGAGCUGUGACUUGUGCUGUUCUGUUGUUGACAGAGAAGCAAGUUCUCUGAAGUUGAAAAUCAUCACCUGGGAACCCUCAGAAGAAUUUAUAAAGAACAACCAUGUGAUUAACACUCCUGUCCAGACCAUGUACAUCAUGGGGGACUUGGGACCUUAUGGGAAGCUUGGUCACCGGGAGUAUGAACAUGUUCUUUGCACAAUCAAGGUGGAUGGCAACGGGGUGAUCACAGUGAAGCCUGACUUUAAUGGCACCAAAGGAGCCUACCGGAUCGAGCUGGAUGGAGAGAAGCGAGAGGUGUGGAAAUACACCAUUGAGAAUGCGUCUGUCCAAGUGCAGCCGGAGGAGGAGGAACGCGAGCAGCACGUGUUCAGAGAUCUGUACGGUCGCCACAAGGAAUACCUCAGUGGUCUUGUAGGCUCAGAAUUUGAAAUGACUCUCCCUGGUACACUGCGGCUUUUUGUGAACGGAGAAAUAGUUUCAGCUCAAGGCUAUGAGUAUGACAACCUCUAUGUUAAUUUCUUCCUGGAGCUGCCUAACCAGUGGUCGAGCCCCGCGUUCCAGCAGCUAUCAGGAGUGACACAGACCUGUGCCACCAAGACAGUGGGCUGGGAUAAUGUGGCAUAUUUCUGUUACCCCUUCACUUUGGAGAUGUUUUUCACCCAAGGAGACGAUUUGGAAGAUAGUCUCCCUCAGUGGCCUGUUCUCUACUUUGAGGUCCUGUCCCUGGAUUUCUGGCAGAGGUACCGUGUUGAAGGAUAUGGUUCUUUGGUGCUGCCAGCAUCUCCAGGUCUCCACAUGCUCACCAUCCCUACCUGGCGCCCUGUGGAGCUGGGGACAGUCGCCGAGCUGAGGAGGUUUUUCAUUGGUGGAUCUCCUGAGCUAGAGGACAUAACCUACGUCAGGACACCAUCAACCUUCAAGGGGGAGCGUCUGAGCCGCUUUGGUUUUCGCACAGAGACAACAGGGAGCGUCACGUUCCGGCUUUACUGCCUGCAGCAGUCUAAAGCCUUUCUGGAAACCAGUGCCCUGAGGCAGCGCAUGCAGAGUGUACUGGACCGUCUCGGAGGCUUCAGCCAGCAGAACUCUGUCUACAAUGUUUUGGAGGCUUUCCAGAGGGCACGGCGCCGGAUGCAGGAAGCACGUGAGAGCCUUCCUCAAGACCUCAUCAGCACCUCUGCCUCCGCUGUGCACCAGUCGCAGGAGCCGUGAUCAACCUCCUCCACUGCUGGGGAGCACUCAGUGUCCUCUCUCCAACAUAAGC